AUGGGUGUGUCCCAGUGUCCCCUCCCCCCAAACGCCGGUAGUUGACGGCCGGAGUCGGAGAGAGGGGCUAAUCGUGGUGUUUUGGUAGGGUGUAGUUUUAACAUGUCUUUCGGGGAUAUUAAUCAAGAGGCGGAGAAGCUGACACUGGCUGAACUGUAUGUCUCUAAUCGUGAAGGAGAUGAUGAAACUGGAACAGGAACAAAGAACAAGCCAUUUAAAACAGCUCUUCGGGCCUUACAAGUGGCAGGGAAGGAACCGUUCCCAACUAUUUAUGUGGAUUCCCAAACAAAAAAUGAGCGUUGGGAGGUUAUAUCAAAAUCACAGAUGAAAAGUGUUAGAAAGCUCUGGCAACGGGAUCAAAUGAAGAACGAAUCAAAAGAAAAACGGGAGCUGGAAGACGCAUUACGGCGAGAGAAAAAUUUGGAAGAGGCCAAAAAGAUAGUUGUUAAACUGGAUGUUAGUCUUGGAGAACCACAGGAGAUAAAAAUCCGAGCCACAGAAGCGCAUAGAGGACAACGAGUGAAGAUCUUUGGCUGGGUCCACAGAUUACGGAGACAAGGCAAGAACUUGAUGUUUGUUGUUCUGCGUGAUGGUACAGGAUUUCUUCAAUGUGUCUUCAGUGAUGAGCUGUGUCAGUGCUACAACGGACUGGUACUAUCAACAGAGAGCUCCAUUGCAGUUUAUGGAACCUUAAAAAUUGUGCCAGAAGGCAAGAUGGCUCCUGGAGGGCAUGAAUUGAUUUGUGAUUACUGGGAACUUGUCGGUUUAGCUCCAGCAGGGGGUGCAGACAACUUGCUGAAUGAAGAAUCUGAUGUAGACGUGCAGCUCAACAACCGUCACAUGAUGCUCAGAGGAGAGAACUUGUCCAAAAUCUUCAAAGUGCGCUCUGCUCUGGUGCAGUGCUUUAGGGACCACUACUUUGACAAUGGCUACUUUGAAGUCACCCCACCUACCCUGGUCCAAACACAGGUUGAAGGAGGUUCUACACUAUUUAAGUUGAACUAUUUUGGUGAAGAGGCAUUCCUGACACAGUCUUCUCAACUAUAUCUGGAAACUUGCAUCCCGUCCCUUGGAGAUGUUUUCUGUGUUGCUCAGUCCUACCGUGCUGAGCAGUCUCGGACACGCAGACAUCUUGCAGAGUACUCACAUGUUGAGGCAGAGUGUCCAUUCAUUACUUUUGAUGAGCUUCUCAGCCGUUUGGAAUUCCUUGUCUGUGAUGUGGUUGAGCGCGUUUUGAAGUCACCUUAUCAGGACCUUGUGCGUGAAUUGAACCCGAAUUUCCAGCCUCCUCAACGCCCUUUCAAAAGAAUGAAUUACACAGAUGCUAUCACAUGGCUUAAGGAGCAUGAUAUUAAGAAAGACGAUGGAACUUUCUAUGAAUUUGGAGAAGAUAUCCCAGAGGCUCCAGAGAGACUGAUGACCGAUGCAAUCAAUGAACCUAUACUACUGUGUCGUUUUCCCGCUGAGAUCAAAUCUUUCUACAUGCAGCGUUGCCCAGAAGAUCGUCGGCUUACUGAAUCUGUUGAUGUCCUAAUGCCAAAUGUUGGUGAGAUUGUAGGAGGGUCGAUGCGUAUCUGGGACAGUGAGGAACUAUUGGAAGGGUACAAACGUGAAAGCAUUGAUCCUACUCCUUACUACUGGUACACUGACCAGGUAAGUUGGAAUUGUUUUUCUCAGGUUAUUUAUCAAAAGUGGUUCAUAGCCUUUUCACUUCCUAGGUAGAUUUCACUUCACUGG